UGUAUACAGUAAUGUAUAACCCAGCUUCCCUGUUUUCCAUUAUAGUGAUAUGACAUGUAUACAGUAAUGAUUACUUACUCCUUGAGCCCCCCACAGCGGUGGAGAGGGUGUCUCCUCUCAGCGGAGGAGAGCGUACCUCUCCUGCACCUGUCCCCUCAGCGGUGGUGCCGAAGAAGCCGGAAAUCGGGAACUCAGAAACCGAACUCGGCUUCACAAUGAGGCUUGGAGCGCAGCCGCUCCAUCAUCUGUGCUCGCCGCUCACGGCUAGAGAAUUUCUCAUCGCAUUUGGCGAGCGGCUUUUUCAAGCCCUGCUCUAG